AGUAUCGUUCUGGCUCCAUUUCGGGUUGCACGUGCUUGCGUUUAUGCUAGCCUGGUAGUUAGUGAUUGUUUCUGGAACAUUUUUAGUGGAUUGUGAGUGGGUUUUAAUUAAAUUAUUGAGGUUAGAAACGUCCACAGAAAAUGAAUCAUUACAAGUGAGUAUCCCGCCGAGCGAUGGAGUGAACAUGUGUGUGAUGGAAAGCAAUGUGCGGACUAUAAACUAUCAGUUAUGGUGUGCUGUGGUGAUGUUAUUGGUGGUGGUGGAGGUGGCCUGCCUCAGUGGGCCCAAUGUCUGCGUGGUCAAGCAGAAAUACAACAUAACGAAGAGGGUGAAGUACCGCGCGCCGAUGUCUGUGCGCACUUACGAAUGGUGUUUCUCCAUGCCACCGCGCUGCUCUCGGUGGGACACCGAGAUGAGGGACCUGACCAGGCUAGAAACAGAGGAGAGGACGGCUGAGGUGUCUGUGUGUUGCCCAGGGUAUAAAAUGCAAGAUAUAUCUUGCGUCCCUAUCUGUCCUAAUGGAAAGACUGGAGCAAGCUGUUCUCAGGGAUGUCCUCCAAAUAAAUGGGGGCCAAACUGUGUACAUGAGUGUAGAAGCUGUUCAAACAAUGGUUCCUGCUCCCCUAUCACCGGGGCAUGUGUAUGCCAAGACGGAUGGCAAGGUGAGAGCUGUCAAACAAGCAUGUCUACAACAACUUCUACGACAACAAUGAAAGAAAUACUAACAACCUUGAAUACUACUCAAGUUUCCACAACUACAACUACUGUUAUCCCAACACCUAGUAGCACAACAAUACCUUCAACUAAAACAACAGUCCCUUCUACUACAAGUGUUGCUACUAAAACAACAACUGAAACAACAACGCCAUUGCCGUCCACUGUAAAAAAUAUUAGUACAACAAAAACACCGGUUGUUACAACCAAACUUUCCACUAUAUAUAAUUCACCAAUAUCAAUAUUCACAACUGUAAUGCCAGCAACAGAAAUCGUCACCAAUAAAAUUAUAGAAAUUAACAAUAUAGCGUAUAAUAGAACUGAACCAACAGCAAAUUCGCAUAAAGGUAUAUUUACUGAAGCAACUACACUAGGAAAUAGAAUGACGACAAUCUUUAGUAAUACAACUCUAUCAACUUCAAGUUCCCCAUCAACAUUUGCACCAACAACGACGAGAGCAACGAAAGGGAUUCCAAUCACAGAAACUACGAAAAAACCAGAAACUACAGUCAAAGUUAAUCAUACAACGAUGAAGUUCAAGCCAAAGGAAAUAUGGAUAAAGCCAGCUCAAAAAGGUGAAUCCCCAAUUUUAGAAAUUAAAACUCUGCACAGCCAUGAAUCUCAUACAAAAAAUAAACCAGCAGCAAAGAAGGAGCUGGCUCCAGAAACUACCACACCGAAGACCAUUAUUGUGUCAAUUAUUCCAACGUCUGUUUCGUAUGCAACAUUCAGAAAGAUUGCGUUGUCUACAGCAUCAUACGUGGCCCAAAAAAACGUUACAGCAGUAAGAGCUUAUAGUCAACCUAUUGAAGUUACAAGUUCUAUGUCCAUUUCAACGUCUACAUCAACAUCUGCAAAACUGAACACUUUACCAUUGAAGCAAACUACUGUCAAUCCAUCAUUCUCUGUAAACGUUACUAAAGCACAAUACAGUACCACGGCACCCACAAGAGGACAUCCUUCAACUAAAUCUAUUUUUGUAAAUAAUAAAACUAACAGCAUGAUAAGCACGACUGUAGUUAGAAUGAGUACCUCUAAUUCUCUAACCAUGACUUCUUCGACUAAUUCACCAACAACAAAACAUGGCACUUCGUUCAAAAAGUAUGUAGCCUCAUAUACUACAAGUACAAUAAAACCUGUGUCUAACGUGACAGAACAAAGUACAUUAAAAUAUUUUACUACAAAACAUAACAUUGAAGCAAAACAGAAAAAUGUAACACUUUCAAAUAGAGAUAAAACUUUACCCAAAGUGAAGAACGAAGUUAUCGAAAAGUCUAACGUUACUAAACAGAAUUCUUCAAGUGCUGUUAACACUAAAUCUAAAACUAAUACAGUCACAGCUAGACCUGGUGAAGGUGAAGAAACUUUUCAUAUUUUGACAGAACCGGAGCAUAUAACUGCAGUUAUGGGAGAAAAAGGAACUGAUAGGAGCUCAGUAGAUCUUAUAUCAGUAAUAAGUAUUGCUGGUGGUAUAAUGAUGGCAGUCAUCACUGUAGCUGUAGUCAUUGUGAUGAUAGAGAGAUGCAAGAGACCGAGGUAUGAAGAUGUUAGAAAAAUCAAUGAUGUAAGGAUGCAAGUCAUGAUUGACAGUAAUGAUGUACCCCCACCAUACGUGAGGAGCAUAUUCCACACACCAUUGCCUGAACCACCUAAUUCAGAGAAAUGUCAUUAUCAGCCCAUAUCAACACUGGACCGAAAUCUAAAACAAUUUAUGAGGCCUGUUGUAGUACAAACAAUUUCACCCAUGAUGCUAGAAAACUUUAGAGGUAUUCUAGAAUGCCAUUAUGACCACUUGCCGCAAAGAAGCCAAGAAUUUGGAACACUUCCAGCUCGAUUUGCUACAACGCCAUCUAUGUCUAACGGCGGUGAACUAAGUGGACCCCGUGCGCUCUCAGUAACAGAAUCAACUAUAGAAGCAUUGAAAUGUGAGGCGAAAUUAGAUGUAAUUGACAACACAACCUCUGAGCCUUUGUAUGCAGAAAUACCUUGCUGGAGGCCACCCUCUGAACAUGCAAUCGAAAUUAUCAACAUUAAUGGAGAGGCCGUAACCGAAUUAUGAUUCGUCAACCAUGAUACGUGGUUUUGAAAACUGUUCUUAGAUGGCGCUUGUAACAAUGGUAUUUAAUUACAUGAUUUUGUCGUUAGAUGGCGUUAUAGUUGUAAGUAUUUGUGAAUUUUAUGGAUGUUGAUAAAAUAAAUAAACCAAAGACUUUAAUUUGUGUGGAUUAUAAUAUUGUAUGAUAUCGAUGAUUGUAUGUUUAUUGUCUAAGUUAUUAGGAUAUGUACGUGGUGAAUAAAAUAUUUAUAAAAAUGUA